AUGUCCGAAGGAAAAGCAAAACUUACUCCUUUAACAGCAACUGGAAUGUAUUCUGUUCAUCCUAAAAGGCAGAACAUAUCAUAUGGACGAUGGGCAAUCCCUGUUAUGGCAAGAAAAAUGGAAGACCCAGAUCCUUUGGAAAGAAGAAGAGCAGUGCAGUCUAUGUGUGAUUAUGUAUUCGACUCUAGACGAGUAUCAUCGAAAGAGUUUUCAAGUAAUGCAGCGGGACGCCAAGCCUUUCAUAAGCAUGGUUUCUAUGAAGAAGCUCUAAAGCUAAUAGAUGAUUCAGACGCGGCUGUAAGAAAUGCUGCGAAUAUUGUUCUUCAACGAAUAUCAAUAUCUCCUAUUGGUGCAGAGUCCUUGGUAAAAUCUGGAGCUGUACCUAAAUUGGUUGAAAGAAUACCGAAGGAACCAGAUCACAUUUUGCAUGUUCUACUUCAGACUUUGCAUGCUUGUUGCUUGGUAGAUGCUAGCAAGUGUCUGGAUUUUAAUGCUGUAGAAGCUGUUGUUCCACUUCUCGAAAGCGCAGACGUUACAGUCCUAGAAAAAGCCGCCACAGUCAUCAAAGAUCUCACAGUAGAAGCAGAGGGUAGAACUCGAGUUUUGGAAACAAAAGCAUUAACACCUUUGCUAGAUUUAUGUGCUUCAGAAAAUGAGACUGUUCAAGCAAAAGCUCUUGCCGCCGUAAUGAUGAUUGCUAAUGAGACACCAGCGAAAUUUAUGGCCAUAGAAAAAAAAUGUAUAGAAAAAAUUUUACCAUUGACGAUUAAGUCGAAUAUGGAAAUACGAUUGAACUCCAUAAAAGUAUUGACAGCAUUAGCUGAAGCACCACCAGGCAGGAUGGCUUUGCUUGGAAAAUACCAAAAAAUUGUCGCACUCCUUAAUGAUAAAGUUCCAGAAGUCAAAAGGGCUGCAGUUAAGUUAGUAUCUGUUGUUGACUUUGUGCCAUAGGGAGACAAUUAUGUAGUUUUC